CCCUUAGUGAUGGAAGAAGACCAGAAGCCAUUGGGACUGUCAGCAUAUGUUCUCAAUAACAUAGAGUAUAUUAGAAAGGCAAAACGUUAAGCUGUUGCUGAGAUAUUGCCUCACAUACUGUUUUCAUUAACAAUCCCAAGCUGCAAAUGAACUCAAAGAUUGUUAACAAUAGGUCAUGUUUUUAUAAAAAUACAUGGCAAGCUUUUGUUUCCAUGUUAUGGAUGAAACAUCCUGUAUAUCAAACCCCCAAGAAUCAAGUAUUGUUGGGGCUGACCUCACAAUGCUGUGAACAAAAUUUUGUGACAAUUCAGCAAAUUUUGUAGGAGAAGAAGCAAAAAAAACCGUUUUUUGGUAAAUACCAAAAUAGCCGGCUUCCUGUUUGGCAAAUCACAAAACAAGAACACUCUGCACUUUCCAGGAAUUCAAGAGAAAGAGGAAUUGUGAUUUCAAGUUGAGUGGCUCAAAAGUUAUCAGCAGUUUAACCCUAAAUCCAACAAUGCCUAUCACUCUAAGAACAACAUCCCGAGUGAAGCACGGUGGUGGUAACAUCAUGUUACCUCUUGGUUGCUUCUCUUACUAAUGCCUCAUUCAUGACAUGUAACCCCAAUUAAGUCCAUUUCAGUUGCUGGUUGAAACACAACAAAAUGCAGAAAAGUUGAAGGGGAGUGAGUAGUUAUGCAAAACAUUGUUUUAUAGAAAAGUAAAUUAUAACCAUGAAAUAGAUUUGGCUUUGAUUGGCUACUUUUAAAAGCCGGAGGGAAUAAGCUUGAGUGGUUAAAUGGACUAAAUUAACUGUUGGAUAGUGCCAUUAGCUCUGUUUCCAGUUUGGUAAUUAGCCACACAGUGGCAUAAGUGCCGAGGCUCACCUCUGUCACGACCCCCAUUCAAGUGCACUGACUACGCUGUGGUAGUUCCACCCCUGGUCCUUUCUGUAUGGACAAGAAGAGAUUGUUUUGAAAAAUCCAACUACAGGCCAAAGUAGGAAGUCUCUCUAAUUGUGCAUUAGCAGGCUUUGUAAACCAUAUACUUGUUGUCUUCCUGAUUAUGGAGAACAUGUAAGACUUGUAGCUGAUUCAGGGUACUGAGGCCUUUUGGCACGAUAAAGCCUCUUAAUGAGCAGGACAGGAACUGCCUUUCCGCAUUCCACAGAGCUGGAGCCCCUCUGGGGCCAAGGUACUCUGUCCUCAUCAUCUGGCAGCAAGUGCUUUAAGAUCAACGGCUUCAAGUGCAUACACUACUGAAACUUUUCUUCUGAGAAAUUGGAUGCUAAGCCAAUUUGAGAUUAACAAGAAGGAGAAACUAUGAGAGGAAAUGUGCAGUCUAACUCCAAAUGGCUGGAGAGGAGAUCCGCUGUGGUUUAUGCUGUGCGCUCGGUAAUUCUUAGAACAUGGCGGAUGCUGACACUGGGAGUGGAGUACAGCUCCUGGGCUCACACCGCUGAGCUCUCUGACAGGCAGAGGAUGAGGAGGGUAGCAAUGGCUGAUGUGUCACACACUGCUACACUCGUGGAGCUCGAUCAAACAUGUGAAGCUGUCCAGAGCAUGGAUCAGUCCAGCAACUACAACACCAUUACUGACCUAGAGAGGCCUGAUGACCUGAAGGGUACAGACAUUAUCAGUGCGCAUGAGAUGUGCCAAGAUGAUGUCAUGCUGUGGUGGAGCAGGAUGGCUCGCUUCGGGGAUGAUGCGUCGGGGCGCUAUGGAGCUGCGCCGGGCGCGGGGAGAGCAGGAGCGCGGCCGGGAGGCGCACCGGGCGCUCCGAGGCUCUACAAGCAGUCAAUGGCUCAGAGAGCCCGGACCAUGGCUUUGUACAACCCUAAGCAGACUAAGCAGAACUGCUUCACCGUCAACCGCUCGCUCUUCAUCUUCAGCGAGGACAACGUGAUCCGGAAAUACGCAAAGAGGAUCACCGAGUGGCCUCCAUUUGAAUACAUGAUCCUUGCAACCAUCAUUGCCAACUGUAUUGUACUGGCACUGGAGCAACAUCUGCCAGCUAAUGACAAGACGCCCAUGUCAGAACGCCUGGACGACACAGAGCACUACUUUAUCGGGAUAUUCUGUUUUGAGGCUGGCAUUAAGAUCAUCGCCCUGGGCUUUGUCUUUCACAAAGGCUCCUACCUUCGCAACGGCUGGAACGUAAUGGACUUCGUGGUUGUCCUCACCGGGAUUUUGGCCAAGGUGGGUUCAGACUUUGACCUGAGGACGCUGCGGGCCGUGCGAGUACUGAGACCUCUCAAACUGGUGUCAGGAAUUCCUAGUCUACAGGUGGUGUUGAAGUCCAUAAUGAAGGCCAUGGUUCCUCUGCUGCAGAUCGGCCUGCUGCUCUUCUUUGCCAUUGUAAUGUUCGCCAUUAUAGGAGUGGAGCUUUACAUGGGCAAGUUUCAGAAGACCUGCUUCAAAAACGGGACAGAGGAGCUGGCAGCAGAUUACCCAUGUGGCUCGGAGCCUUCAUCUAGGCAGUGUCCCAAUGGCACGGAGUGUAGGAAAGGCAGUGCAUGGAAAGGACCAAACUAUGGAAUCACCAACUUUGAUAACAUCUUGUUCGCCAUACUUACUGUCUUCCAGUGCAUCACCAUGGAAGGAUGGACUGAUAUCCUUUACCAUACCAAUGAUGCCUUGGGCAACACGUGGAACUGGAUGUACUUCAUCCCCCUCAUCAUCAUCGGCUCCUUCUUCAUGCUCAACCUGGUUCUGGGUGUCUUAUCAGGAGAGUUUGCCAAAGAAAGAGAGCGUGUAGAGAAGAGACAGGAGUUUCUGAAGCUACGCAGGCAACAACAAAUUGAGAGAGAGUUGACUGGCUAUCUGGAGUGGAUCUGUAAGGCAGAAGAGGUGCUGCUGGCUGAGGAAGAUCAGAACGCAGAAGAGAAAUCUCCACUGGACGGAGCAUGGUACAAGAGGAAACAGAACAACCCAGUGCUGAAAAGGGCCAAGGUCAAGAAGGGGAAGAAUGACCUCAUCGGUGGCGAGGAGGGUGAGGAACACUUCACAGACAUUUCCUCAGUUGCACCCCCUGGAUCUCCCUUUGCCCGUGCCAGCCUGAAAAGCAGCAAGAACGACAGCUCGUCAUACUUCCGUCGCAAAGAGAAACGAGUGCGCUUCUUCAUUCGCCGCAUGGUGAAAGCCCAAAGCUUCUACUGGAUUGUGUUGUGCAUAGUGGGAUUGAACACGCUGUGCGUGGCCAUCGUUCACUACGACCAGCCUGAAGGACUCACCCAAGCACUGUACCUGGCCGAGUUUGUGUUCCUGGGUCUGUUUUUAUCUGAGAUGACUCUGAAGAUGUACGGCCUGGGGCCCAGGAACUACUUCCACUCCUCAUUCAACUGCUUUGACUUUGGGGUCAUCGUGGGGAGUAUAUUUGAGGUGGUGUGGGCAGCCAUCCAACCAGGAGCCUCUUUCGGUAUUAGUGUCUUGAGGGCUCUGCGCUUACUCCGAAUAUUUAAAGUGACCAAGUAUUGGAACUCUUUGAGGAAUCUGGUGGUGUCUCUGCUCAACUCAAUGAAAUCCAUCAUCAGCUUGCUCUUCCUCCUCUUCCUCUUUAUUGUGGUCUUUGCCUUACUGGGCAUGCAGAUCUUCGGAGGACAGUUUAAUUUUGAGAACGAAACACCCACUACAAAUUUUGACAACUUCCCUGCCGCCAUAAUGACCGUCUUCCAGAUUUUGACAGGAGAAGACUGGAAUGCAGUGAUGUAUCAUGGGAUUGAGUCUCAGGGUGGCGUCCCACUUGGGAUGUUCUCCUCCGUUUACUUUAUCAUUCUUACUCUCUUUGGAAACUACACUCUUCUUAAUGUGUUCUUGGCUAUCGCUGUCGAUAACCUUGCCAAUGCUCAGGAGCUGACAAAGGAUGAGGAGGAGCAAGAGGAGGCGGCCAAAAAGAGCAUAGCACUGCAGAAGGCCAUGGAGGUGAAGGAGGUCAGCCCGAUGUCAGCAGCUAACAUUUCCAUCGCAGCUUUUGUAAAGCAAAAUCGAGAUGUGCUCUCUCGCAGCUCUUCCGUCAGCAGCGUUCACUCACUGAGUUAUGUCUACACCCCUGUUCAUCGCUUUGUGAGUAAGGAGCAGCAGCGCUCUCUGCAGAAGAUGUCUGUCUGGGAGCAGCGCACUUCGCAACUACGUCGCCACAACCUGCGCAACAGCAGUGAAGCACUCUACAGCGAGCUGGAGCCUGAGGAUCGGCUGCGCAUGUCCUCAGCGCUACACCUGCGGCCCGACAUGAAGGCGCACCAUGAUCGGCCCUUGCUGGUGGAUAAAUCGCACCCGCCGGAGGGCAGGGACACCCCAGAGGAAGCACCUCCACACAAACACCACCGGUGCCGUGGGGAGAACGGCGAGGCUGGAGAAGGACGCCGCCAUCGGCACCACCACAGAGGGCACCAGGAUGGAGGACACAGGAACCAGGAGGAGGAUGGUGACGAUGAUAGGGAGCACCGUCACCACCAUUCUCACCGAUCCAGAGAGACUGAUGGUGAUGGGAUUAAUGGAGUGAAAGGAGAGCGAAAUCCGAGAGGGCACAGAGAGGGUGAAGCAGGGAAUGGUGAGAGGAGGAGACACAGGCCUCGCAUCAAAGCCCAAACCACGCUUGACAAGGAGGAGAGCAGGGACAGCAAAGAGAGAGAUACACCAAGCCACAGGGACAGGCUUAUGGAUGCAGAGGGUGAUGGUUUGAGCUCGAGUCCUGUGCAAUCUCCUACUGAGAGACAAGAGGACUCAGAUAACCUAAAAAACAGUACCAAGGCUAGAUCAACUGCAGUUAGCAUCCCUGUUACCAUCACCGCCCCACCGGGAGAGACCACCAUCAUUCCCAUGAAUAACAUAGAUGGUGAGAGCCUGCUCCUGAAUGAGGAAAAGAAGGAUCUGGAUGAGCUAAAUCAGAAUGCUCCCAAACAAAUCUUACCCUACAGCUCCAUGUUUGUGUUUGGUCAGUCCAAUCCUGUGCGAAGGUUGUGUCACUAUGUGGUGAACUUGCGCUACUUUGAGAUGUGCAUCCUCGUGGUGAUUACCAUGAGCAGCAUCGCGCUGGCUGCAGAAGACCCUGUGAAUGCUGCUGCUUUUCGGAAUAAUGUGCUAAAAUAUUUAGAUUACAUCUUCACUGGUGUGUUCACAUUUGAAAUGGUGAUAAAGAUGAUAGACCUCGGGCUGCUUCUCCACCCGGGCUCCUACUUCAGAGACCUGUGGAAUAUUCUAGACUUUAUUGUGGUCAGCGGUGCCCUGGUGGCCUUUGCCUGCUCAGGGACCAAAGGCAAGGACAUCAACACCAUCAAGUCCCUCAGGGUCCUCCGAGUGCUCCGGCCUCUGAAGACCAUCAAAAGGCUACCUAAACUCAAGGCGGUGUUUGACUGUGUGGUGAACUCUCUGAAGAACGUGCUCAACAUCCUCAUUGUCUACAUCCUCUUCAUGUUCAUCUUUGCUGUUAUCGCCGUGCAGCUCUUCAAGGGAAAGUUCUUCUACUGCACAGACGAAUCCAAAGCUCUUGAGAAGGAAUGCAGGGGUCAGUUUCUGGACUACGAUGGAGACAAGGUGGAAGCCAAGGCACGUGUGUGGAAGAAGUACGAUUUUCACUAUGACAAUGUGCUGUGGGCUUUCCUCACCCUCUUCACCGUUUCUACAGGAGAAGGUUGGCCUAUGGUGCUAAAACACUCUGUAGAUGCCACUUAUGAAGACCAAGGGCCGAGCCCAGGCUACCGCAUGGAGACGUCCAUCUUUUAUGUGGUCUACUUUGUGGUCUUCCCAUUUUUCUUCGUCAACAUUUUCGUAGCCUUGAUCAUCAUCACAUUCCAGGAGCAAGGGGACAAAGCCAUGUCUGAGUGCAGCUUGGAGAAGAAUGAGCGGGCGUGCAUUGACUUUGCCAUUAAUGCCAAGCCCCUGACUCGCUACAUGCCCCAAGAUAAGCAGUCCUUCCAGUACAAGAUGUGGAAGUUUGUGGUUUCAACGCCGUUUGAAUAUUCCAUCCUGACUAUGAUUGCAAUCAAUACUGUGGUUCUUAUGAUGAAGUUCAGUACUGCUCCGAAGCCUUAUGAGGACACGCUGAAGUGGCUGAACAUCAUCUUCACUGCCCUCUUCACCCUGGAAUGUAUCCUGAAAAUCAUCGCUUUUGGUCUGCUGAACUACCUGAGAGAAGCCUGGAACAUAUUCGACCUCGUAACAGUACUGGGCAGUAUCACUGACAUCCUGUUUACUGAAAUUAAGCAGAACAAGCUAAUCAACCUAAGCUUUCUGAGGCUGUUUCGAGCUGCUCGACUCAUCAAGCUCCUGAGGCAAGGCUACACCAUCCGUAUCCUGCUCUGGACCUUUGUCCAGUCUUUUAAGGCACUGCCGUAUGUGUGUCUGCUCAUUGCCAUGCUCUUCUUUAUCUACGCCAUCAUUGGGAUGCAGGUGUUUGGAAACAUUGAGUUAAAUGAUGAAUCAGCAAUCAACCAUCACAACAACUUCCAGACCUUCUUUCAGGCACUUAUGCUACUUUUCAGGAGCGCCACAGGCGAGGCGUGGCAUGAGAUUAUGCUGUCGUGUUUGGGUGGCAAGAAAUGUGACAAGCUCUCAGGUUCCAAUGACAAUGGGUGUGGCAGUGAUUUUGCAUACUUCUAUUUCGUCUCCUUCAUCUUCCUCUGCUCGUUCCUGAUGCUGAAUUUGUUCGUGGCUGUCAUCAUGGACAACUUUGAAUACUUGACACGAGAUGCUUCCAUCCUCGGCCCUCACCAUCUGGAUGAGUUCAUCCGCGUCUGGGCAGAUUACGACCCCGCUGCCUGUGGGCGCAUAUCCUACCUCGAUAUGUACGAAAUGCUACGUCACAUGUCACCUCCGCUAGGUUUGGGAAAGAAAUGUCCAUCGCGAGUUGCCUACAAGCGCUUGGUGAGGAUGAACAUGCCCAUUGCUGAUGACAACACAGUCCACUUCACGUCCACGCUGAUGGCUCUCAUACGCACAGCCCUGGAUAUCAAACUGGCAUCAGGUGUUCUUGCCCAGCGUCUCUGUGAUGCUGACUUGAGGAGGGAGAUCAAUAAAGUGUGGCCCAGCCUGUCAUCAAACACUGUGGACUUGCUGGUAACACCUCAUAAACAUAACGAGUUGACAGUUGGGAAAGUGUAUGCUGCGCUGAUGAUCUUUGAUUACUACAAGCAGAACCGGGCCAAAAGACUCCAGGAGCAGCAGCCCACUUCAGGAGCACUGAGUAAAAUGGGGUCUCUCUUCAAGCCCAUGUUACCCCUCACCCACAUACACGAACAAGAGCCAUCAAUCAAGAGUGCCAAACUGCCACCUUUUCAAACUGAUUCAUCUCCACAUCCAGAGUUCCCUCCCACAACCCCUCUCUUAACCAAUGGGGAGCCAGUAAAAAGCAGUACCAUGAAGAAUUCUCCUUCAGCAGAGACGCUUCAGAAGGGAAGGAAUUCCAUUUAUUCAGAAGAUGUGCCAAAAACUGAAUCUCAGGAAUUAGUAGAGAUGACGGAUAUGGAGAAUAAUUCUGAUGUAGGGGGCUUCUCCACACUGGAGGGCCACGGGAGGGCAGCAUCAAUGCCCAGACUUAGUACAGGCUUCCAGCGGAGCCAGUUGCGCCACACCACCGGGAUAUACCUAGCACCCAUCACAGAUGGCAGUCCCAUGCGGCGCUCAGCCUCCUCUUUGACUUAUCAGAGAGGAGGGACAGAGUUGAAUUUGAGGGAUUAUGCAUUGGAGCGGCCCCCAGCAGCACAGACACAGGAGAAAGAGAGAGACAGAGCACAUCAACAUCAUCAUCAUCAUCGUUGUCAUCGCCGCAGAGAAAAGAAGCAUAAAUCCCUGGACCGAGCUAUCAGUGAGGAACAGCCUGGCUCUGUGGAUCUGAGCAAUGAGCCGCGGGAUCGAGCGCGUGAACAGGAGAGAGACCGAGGACGGUCUCAUGAGAGGAAACACCACUCAUCCUCGGCCACUGACAGAAAGCAGCGUUACUACUCCUGCGAUCGCUACGGAACCAGAGAGCACUGUCACAGUCGAUCACCUGGGCCAAGCAGAGCUACAUCACCUGGAGAGCCACAAGAACCCAACAGAUUCAAAACGGGCGUUAACUCAGCUAAGGGCAGCCCGGUGGUCUUCACCUCAGGCUCCAGUACACCAUGCCGUGGAAGGAGACAGCUCCCUCAGACACCGCUCACCCCAAGGCCUGCAGUAGCCUUUAAGUCUACCAGCUCGUCCCCACUGCAGAUGGCUGCCAACCGCUCAUCGGGGCCACUCCCCACCUACCUGAGCCGCGGGCAGUCAGAGCACGACGCCCUCCUUGGCAUCACUCACCAACCAUCUCCUGUGCCUGUCACUCGGAUCGGAUCUGACCCCAACCUCGGCCCCCUGCAGCGAGACCCCCACCUGUCAGAGGCUGAAGAUUUCCACGAUGCUUUGAGCACCUACAGCUCAGGACGUUUUCCAAGGACAGUCUCUGCUACCCAUUCAUCCCCUGGGGUGGUGCCAUCCAUGCUUCAGCAUAGCCGGAGUGGAGUGCCUAACGGGUACCACUUCACCCUGGGCAUUAGUGCAUCUCUGGGUUCCAGUGCCAGGAUUUCCCCGAGCUAUCAGGAUACAGAGAAAGAUGACUGGUGCUGACGAAAUGGUGACCAAUAUAUGUCUUAAAUGUGUCUUUAAAACAUGCAGGAUGAGUUUUAUCAUCUUUGCCUCAAGAUAGUCAUACAUUUGGGUCAUGCCUGUGUGAAGAUAGAAUGGAAGCUUGAGGAGCUCUAGAAGACAUUAUUAAUUUUUUCCUGAAUGUGGCAUGAUGAUAUUCCCUCUUGUCAAGAUGGUUCUCUCAACACAGAUUGUGAAAAUAUGAGUGCCAUGAUGAAUUUGGUAAUCCAAGGUGAGCCUUGUCUGCCACUGAAGAGGAGAAAUAGUUCAGCUAUGUCCUCAGUGCUAGCAAACUCUGCCCUCUGCUCUCUGAAAUCAUACUAAUAGGGCUAAACUCGGCAGAGGGGCAGAGGGCAGAGAGAUACAGCCAUGUUUGAUUAGAAAGCACAAUCUAUAAUGAAAGUGCAGGACCUCUGCUCAUCUAUAUGGUAUUGUUAAGAACCUGCACCUCUCUUUAGUUAAUUAAAAAAAGUAAUACAUCCUUGGUUUUGUCCGGACUUCUAUGUCUUAACAAAUUCUUUCCCUGUUGCUGCUUUAUGCUGUUUCUUCCUCUUGCAAGUGGCACAGAUAAAAUGCUCCCAGUAGCUAAAAAACAACAAAAAACUAUAAGAGGAUUAUAAGAAAUUUUAUAAGAGAUUGAAGUAGAGUAAGCAUCUUUUCAUAGUGUUCCUUUUUGUACCUUGUACAUGAAGUGUGUAGCUGGGUGUCCUGUAAGGUCUACUCUUUUUUUUUCUUUUCUUUUCUUUUUUUUAAUACUAUAUUACCCUCAAGUGGUAAAAUACCAAGUGCCUAACCUUUGAGGUUAAUUACUGUAUGGGUAUGAUGUAUUGUGAGGCAUUAAAACCUGAGAAAGGCAAAUACUGGAUACUGUACACUGUAGGUAAAAUGUCACAGAUCUUUGUUCCUUAUAUGUAUCAUAGCAUGUUAUGAAGAGAGACAUUAUGGCAUUGCACAAAAGAGAGAAUAUAAGUGAGAUUUUAAUAGAUGUUUGUGUGAAAGUAUUUAAGACAUGUGAGCAAGAACUCUGUAAACUCCAGGUGUGAUAGCAUCAACAACGUAGCUUCGAGAAGGUACUGUAACUACGAACUAAAGACAAUUAAAUGACACUGAAAUCGUUUUCAUUACGUCUGAAUUGAAUGCAUGUUAGGAGUUUCUACACUUGGUGUUGGUGUUGUUGUAACAUUGCAGUGUGUGAUGUACAUUUUAUUUUGCCAAAGAGUACAUGCUGAGCUCUUGCCUUUCUAGUAUUAGACUGAAUUAAUUACAUGGAGUCAAGAGAGACUUAAUACAUUUUUGGUAGGAAUAAUAAAUUACAUUCCUAAUAUAUAUAUAUAUAUAUAUUUCACUAAAGUCAUGUACAUUUUGAUCAUGCUAUCAAAAUUAACAUAAUUGCUGAACCCUUUCUUAGUAAACUAGGAAGAUGUGGUUCUUUGGCAAUAUUGGGUGAUUUUGAUAGCUUCCAAACAAUUUAUCAUUGUCUAAUAAGACAAAAUUAUGUUUAUUUGUAAAACACACUCACCAGCCACUUUAAUAGGAACACCUGUACAUUCAUGCAGUUUUCCAAUCAGUGACUGAUGUGACAUGUCGAGAGCUCCAUUUAAUGUUUACAUCAAAUAUCACUUUGGGGGAAAAAUCUCAGUGACUUUGACUGUGGCUUGGUUGUUGGUGCUGUAUGGGUUUGAAUAUUUCAGAAACUGCUGAUCCCCUGGGAUUUUCAUGCACAACAGUCUGUUAUAAAAGUGUUUACACAGAACAAUUAAUAAAUAUCCAGUGAGUGACAGUUCUGUAGGUGGAAAAGUCUUGUUGAUGAGAGAGGUCAGAGGAGAAAGGCCUGACUUGUUCAGACUGACAGGACGUCUAUGGUAACUCAAAUAAACACUCUUUACAACCGCGGUGAGUAGAAAGAAGCAUCUCAGAAUACACAACAUGGUGAACCAUAAGGCAGUUGGGCUACAGCAGCGGAAGACCACAUCAGGUUCCAUUUCUAUCAGCCAAGAACAGGAAUCUACGGCUAAAGUGGGUAUAUACAGACUAGAUCAUCCUCAAGGUUUUGCAUGUUUUGCAUUUUGAGAUGCUUUUCUGCUCAGCAUAGUUGUAAAGAGUGGUUAUUUGAGUUACCGUCCUGUCAGUUUGAACCAGUCAGGCCAUUCUACUCUAAGCUUUGUCAGCAAAAAGGCAUUUCCACCCAUAGAACUGUCACUCACUGUCACUCUGUGUAAACUCUACAGAUAGUUGUGCAUGAAGAGAGGAGACCAGAAGUUUCUGAAAUACUCAAACUACCCCAUCUGACACUAACAAACAUGCCAUGGUUAAAGUCACUGAGAUCACAUAUUCCCCCAUUCUGAUGUUUGAUAUGAACAUUAACUGAAUCUCCUGACCUGUAUCAGCGUGAUUUUAUACAUUGCACUGCUGCCACAUGUUUGGCUGAUUGGCUGGGUAAGUGCAUGAAUGAGCAGGUGUUCCUAAUAAAGUGGUUGGUGAGUGUAGAUGGUCUUUCUCGGACAAGCUUCCUGUGUCCUGUAAGUGCAGGGAUGAGAUGACUGUUGAGAAACAGUACAGCAGGGCUAUGCAACAAGGCGACACUUUAUAAUCGCUCCUCAUCCUCUGUAGCUUUAUCUCCUAGACUCUACAGAUCUGGGACCAAGACAUUUCUGUUCAGUUUACACAUUAAAGUGAUGAAUGCUGUACGUGACAUGCAGUUUACUGGAAAUGCAGUGAGGCCAAUUAGCUGUUAACAAGUGUAAAAACAGGACAAAUGCAUGCCAUUGUCCUGUCCUCAAAAGUGAAUUUGAAUUUGUGUUGUAUGCCUCAGUACAGUCCAUAAAGUGUUUUCGUUCUAAUUAAUAAUUGUGGAUGAUUUAAGGAGUUUCUUUCUAAACUAAUCAACCUCACAUUGAUCCAUAUAUGACCAUGUUUUACCUUCUAUUCUGCCUUUUUGAAGGGGAGAUGCGAUUUGUGCACCUAGUAUAUCUGUAACUAUUCUAAAGCCAUUCCUACGAAAAAUCUACAAAUAAUUAUUAUAAUCCAACUUUCAGCCAGGUGCCAAAUUUAACACUGCACCAUUUUCUUGUCCUCAUGCUGUACCUUGUUUAGCUGACCUGUGGACAUUGUGUUAUGUUUGCAUGUUACGAUGACAUGUGCAUGUACAAAUAUAUGUUUGACAUAUUUUAUGUUUGAUUCCUAUGAGGGGUUCACUGCCUUUUUUAUACAAUUAAAAAAAAUGUUUGUGGGAGUAAAUUAGAGAAACUCAUUCUAGACCUUUUGUGUAAAAGAGGUGUUGAACAAAAGAGAAAAUUAUGUUCAGGCUAUGAAAGCAUGGGACUAAACUACAGUUUUUAAGCAGAUCAGACACCGCCACUGUUCAUUGCCUGUCUGCUUAUUUACCAUUCAUUACCAUUUUGUACCACUGAACUGAAAAGAGAAUAUACAAAAAAUAAAUUAAUAAACAUUAAUAAACAUUUUAUGAAAGGACUUCUUUUCGUUUCAUUCAUUGGUUUGAGGUA